UGCACCAGCCCACCCUGAUAAAUAUAUGAACCUGUAUUCUCAGUCUAAUGGAAAAUGUGUAAACCAAAUACCAGUUCCAUCACCACUUUCUUUUUCUCCACCGAUGCAUGUGUUAUGCUAUUAACUUAGCAAUUAGUUAAUUAGUUUCUCUUGCACAGAGAAAAAAAAACUUUAUAAAAAACAGAUGUAUUAAUUCUUAGAGGUAAGGAAGCUAACUAGGGAGAUAGAUAUAUACAUGGCAUGGCAUAGAUAAGAAACCUCUUGUGUGUUUGGUGUGGUCCUCAUUCCACAGAACCUGUCUAGGGUUUCUGUCCAUUGGAAAUUGCAAAAUCUGCUUAUGUAAAAUGUUCCCUUCUUCUAAUUACACCUCAGGCUCUUACCCUCGUUUCCCAUCUUCUUCUUCUUCUUCGCAGUACCCUUCUUUUAGUUUCCUCCACCCUGAAAAUUCUUCUGCCAGCAACACCUUCCUCCAUGAUCCACUUGCUGUUACUUACAUCCCCUCUCAUUACCACACUCCAAUCCCUGAAACACUAGCCAAUUGGGCAGUUGCAGACUGUGCUGCAAUGCUGAACCAAGAUCUCAGUGGUGGUGCCCUUUACGGCAUCGCCAAGAAACCGGUGAAAAAAACCACCAAGAAAGACAGGCACAGCAAGAUUCACACUUCUCAGGGUUUGAGGGACCGAAGGGUGAGGCUGUCCAUCGAGAUCGCCCGCAAGUUCUUUGAUCUUCAAGACAUGUUAGGGUUUGACAAAGCCAGCAACACCCUUGACUGGCUCUUCACCAAGUCCAAGAAGGCAAUUAAGGAGCUAACUCUGAGCAAGCAAAGUGCUGAUAGCUUCUCUUCAUCUUCGGAGGGUGAAGUGGUUUCUAUGAUCCACCAAGACCUUCGACAACAACAGCGAAGGGUAGAUUUGGAAGAAAGGAUGUUGAAGGAGCCUGCUUAUUGUGUCAAAGCAAAGAUGAAGGAGUCAAGGGAAAAAGCAAGGGCAAGGGCAAGGGAAAGGACAAGUAGCAAGAUGUGCAACAUAAGUGGCGAAGGGAAGGUGCAAGAGUUGAAGAAAAAGUGCCCUGCAACUGAAAAUCAUCCUCAAAUCCUGAACCAAUUAAGGACACCCUCACCCCUUCAGCUUCAUUCGCAAGAUAUGGGUGGUGAAGUGCCAAGAGAUGAUGAAUUCAACGUUAUUGAGGAAUCCAUUGUCAUUAAGAGAAAGUUGAAACACGCCUUGAUGUCUUCCAUUCACCAAAACGUUGUGAUCCCUAAGGAAGCAAGUGUAAGCAACAGUGACUACAACUCCUUCCCCAACUUGUGUCCAAAUUGGGAAGCUAAUAAUGCUUCCACUGGACGCCCCGCCUUUUGUGCAAUAGCAAGCAUGAAUCUAUCUACAGGGCUUCAUAUUUUUGGAAAAUCUUGGGAGGAGUGCACCAAUCCUCAUCCAAGCUAAUACGUUUUGUUUUCAGUAUUAUCUGAUGAUCCGAAUGAACUUGUCUCUAGUGCUUUGCCAAGGAAUCAUGGUCAUGGAGGCAUCUUUCUGCGUUUUUCCACCUGUAACUUUGUCUGUCCUAUAUUUCCUUUCUGCAAUGUACUGAUUUUUUUGCUCUAGAUCAGCCAAGGGCAUGUGACAGUUGGCAAAAAAGGAUGCUGCGUGUGUAAUUUCUGACCAAGAUUUGAAGUGUGGCUGAUAUUAUAUAAAGGCCAACUAUAUUUAUCAAGAGCCAUCCCUUCUUGCAACCAGAUUCAAUGUUUAUAUAAUUAGUAAUUAUGAUCAAUAUGUUGCAUUGUUGGAAACUUUUAAAGUAGAUAUAUCCUUUGGUCAUAGUAAGGAGAAGGAUGUACAGAAGAAAAUUCAAGAUCUUUUAGCUUUUGAUUGCAGUACUGAACUAUACAUGUUUGGCAUGCACCUGCUGAUUUACAUUAUAAUAAUGAUCUUGCUGGAAGAAAAUUUCCAUUUUGAAAUUUUUCAGACAAUAAAUUCAGAUAAAACUAUUCUUACACACAGUAUAACACUUAAAUAUACAUGAAACAAACAUGGAAGAAUG